AUGAAAAGGAAAGUUAUGGCUAUUGAGAAGAUCAAUGCAUAUAUACAAAAAUUAGAUACGAUGGAGAAGAAAUUCAACCCAUUGCCUCAUUUUACUUUGCAUAAUGUGUUAUCACAAAUUUCUCCACAAUUUUAUUCUAAAGAUGAGUUAACACAAAUAGAGAAAAUCAAUCAAAUUCCGUGUCAAGAAGAGAAUUUCUCUCUUAUCUCACAAAGUAAAGUGGAAAGAGUAGAAGUCAACAACAAAAAAAGGUAUCGCUCAAGUAAUGAAGAUAUCAUAUCCGAUGGAGAAAGAAAAGUGAAAUUAAAGUCCGCAAUUAGGAAGCCAAUAAUUCGUAGGGAAGAAACAUUGGUAUCACCACCACCAGAUUUGCCUAGUCAUGUUAAUAACAUGAUCAAAGUAUUGAAUGACACUGAUAUUAAAUAUAUCAUGUAUAAGGAAUUGUUUAAGUAUAAUCUCAACUAUAACCUCAAGCGUCUUUCAAUGCCUUGCAAAAAUUAA